GCAAUAUAAAGCGGAUAUAAAGGGAUAUACCUCCAACGCAGCUCUGCUUAUUGUUUGAUGAGCCUGGACAACUGAGGCGCGCUUUUCCGGUGCAGAGUAGAGGGUGAGAUCGCCGCCGAUCGAGAUCAUCAGAUCAGCAAUUAGGCAGUUUCUUGCUUGGAUUUAGUCGGGAGUAGGAGGAGAACGGGUGGAAGCCGACAAGGGGAAUGAAGAAGGGGAAAUACGAGCUGGGGCGGAUGCUGGGAGAAGGCAACUUUGGGAAGGUGAAGUUCGCGAGACGGGUCGACACCGGUGAGGCAUUUGCCGUCAAAAUCCUAGAUCGCAAGCGCAUCCUCGACCUCAAGAUCACCGAGCAGAUUGAAAGGGAAAUCACGACGCUCAAACUUCUGAAACAUCCCAACGUCGUCCGGCUACAUGAGGUUUCUGCAAGCAAAGCUAAAAUCUAUAUGAUUCUUGAAUAUGUGAAUGGCGGCGAAUUAUUUGAUAAAAUAGAGUCAAUGGGAAGGCUUUCAGAGCAGUUUGGGCUAAAGAUUUUUCAGCAGUUGAUUGAUGGCAUAAGCUAUUGUCAUGAUAAAGGAGUUUAUCAUAGGGACUUGAAGCCUGAAAAUGUUCUAGUUGAUGCAAUGGGUAAAAUAAAGAUAUCUGACUUUGGACUUAGUGCUUUAUCCCAACAACUUUGGAAUGAUGGGCUAUUGCACACAACUUGUGGAAGUCCUCACUACGUAGCUCCUGAGGUCCUUUUAAACAAAGGUUAUGAUGGUGCUAUGUCAGAUAUCUGGUCCUGUGGUGUAAUCCUUUAUGUUAUCCUUACUGGAACUCUUCCAUUUGAUGAUCAGAAUCUUGCCUUUCUUUACCAAAAGAUUUUCAAGGGAGCUACUCAGAUUCCCAAUUGGCUUUCCCCUGGUGCUCAGAACUUGCUGCGGAGGAUUCUGGACCCAAAUCCUAGAACUCGGAUAAAUGUAGUCGAAAUCAAGGAAGACAGUUGGUUUAAGCAAAAUUAUGCUCCAGCUAUUCCAUAUGAUGAUGACGACAUGUACAUAGAUGAUGUAUCUCUAUCAGUAAAAGAGCCAGUUGAUGCAGAUGAGCAUAGAAACAAAUCGACACUAAUCAAUGCAUUCCAACUUAUUGGAAUGUCUUCAUAUUUCGAUCUUUCAGGCUUUUUUGAAAAAGAGGAUGUCUCCGAAAGAAAAAUCAGAUUCACAUCAAACUACCCGCCAAAAGAUGUCUACAAGAAGAUCGAAGAUUUAGUUACGGAAAUGGGGUUUCAAGUCCAAAGAGGAAAUGGAAAGUUGAAAGUCAUACAGCCAACCAGAGGUUGCUCAUGCCCUAGGAGUGCUGGUUCUCUUUCGGUAGCUGCUGAGGUAUUUGAGCUCAGCCCAUCUCUAUAUGUCGUGGAGCUUCGAAAAGCAUCUGGGGAUUCUUCUCUGUACAGGCAGUUGUGCUCAAAGAUUUCAGAUAAACUGAGUGCUUACAAAAGUGUACCGCUUUUGAAGAUGCAUUCGCGAAUGACAGCACUUAAAACAAUAUGAAGGUAAAUGGAAUAUGUUUAUUGCACAUGCAGAUAUAUUUAGGAUACUCUGAUUGUAAGCUUAUUGCACGCGUAACUAAAAGAUUGGUGUUUAGAGGCAGUGAAUAACUUUCAACUAUUUAUGCUACACUAACUUUUACUAAAAAGAUGUAAGAAAGCCAGCAAAACUUUAUUCGGCAUUUUCAUAGCGUACAUUUCUGAUGUAUUUGCAUGUCACACCUAAACUUUCAUACA